UCAUGCUCAUUGGCAAACUUUUACAUUCUCCUCCUGACACAGUGAGAUUAGUGAGGCUAAAUCAUGCUGGCAUCCAGGACUUUGCUCUCGAAACAAACACUGACUGUUCUCUCUCGGCAGCCUGCCUGCUUUGUUCACCACGGUGACCAUGGCAACUGGGGAAAUACUAAUAUUGCGGUGGUUUUCUCAGGCUGCGGCUGGUGGGAUGGGACUGAUGUCCAUGAGGGAGUAUACACCAUGUACCACCUGAGCCGCAACGGCGCUCGCUUCCAGAUUUUUGCUCCAAAUCAACAGCAAAUGCAUGUGAUGGACCACAUGAAGAAGCAGCCUGGCUCCGGGGAGAACCGGAACAUGAUGAUGGAAUCAUCUCGCUUCAGUCAUGGUCAAGGAAUGAUGCAAAUGCAAGACCUGUCCAAGCUGGACGUCAACAGCUUUGAUGCAGUCAUCUUUCCCGGAGGCCACGGCGUCACAAAGAAUCUAUCUUCUUUCGUGAAGGAUGGCAAAGACUGCAAGCUGCAGAGUGAUGUGGAAAGGGUGCUAAAGGACUUCCACCGCUCACGCAAGCCCAUCGGACUGGCCAGCAUGGCUCCGGUGCUGGCUUGCCGCGUGCUGCCCAGCAUCGAGGUGACCAUGGGCUACGAACGGGACGAAAACACUCGCUGGGGGAACUGGCCUCACACGAGCGUGGUGCAGGCCGUGAAGAGCAUGGGCGCCAGCCACAACGUCCGUGAGCCAUACGAGGCCUAUGUGGAUGAGAAGAACAAAGUGGUCAGCACUCCUUCCUUCAUGUGGGAAACAGAUUAUCACUAUCACUACAUCUUUGAUGGCAUUGGAAAUAUGGUCAAACAUGUCAUGCGAAUGUCAACCAAGUGAUGUGACAGUUUCUCUUGGAAAAGCAAUUAGUGUAUUCGAACUCAUACCCUUGUAUUGUGAUGAUUGAUUACCUGAAAC